AUGACUAGUAGUACAUCCAGCAAGUUUUCUACCAUCGAGACGAGCGAUGGUGCCAAGCUCGAUGCCCGAAUUUUCAAGCCGGAGCCACCGUCCGCAGCCGCAGAAGGAGGAGACUCGAGCGGCUUAGUAAUUGUGCUGGUUCACCCUUACUCCAUCCUGGGAGGUUGCCAAGGUCUGAUGAAAGGUAUGGCUCGAGGGUUGGCUAAUCGGGGUUUUACAGCUGUCACUUUCGACAUGAGGGGAACCGGAAGAUCCACCGGCAGGCCUUCCAUUACCGGAUCCUCCGAAGUCAAUGACAUCAUUUCCGUCUGCAAUUGGGCAACCCAAAAUCUCUCUGCCCAUCGCAUUCUUCUCGUCGGUUCUUCAGCUGGGGCACCAAUUGCUGGAUCUGCUGUAGAUCAGAUAAAAGAAGUGGUAGGGUAUGUGAGCUUGGGAUACCCUUUUGGUUGGACUGCCUCGAUUCUGUUUGGAAGGCAUCAUAAAGCCAUACUUGAAUCUUCAAAGCCAAAGCUGUUUGUGAUGGGCACAAGAGAUGGUUUCACCAGUGUUAAACAACUAGAGAACAAGCUGAAAAAUGCUGCUGGCCGGAACCAGACUUACCUGAUUGAAGGUGCCAGUCACUUCCAAAUGGAGGGUCCUGCUUAUGAUGCUCAGAUGGUUAAUCUCAUUGUCGAAUUCAUUCUAUCUUUGUAA